AGCUCCACCCUCGGCCACUGCCACAGCUGCGGAGUCAAUAGCAAGGGCAAAGCAUUUUCCCUCUUUGUGUACCAACAUGGAUGCUUUUCAGAGCAUGUUAAAAUUCUUUCUUAACCAGAAAACUGCUAUUGGCUACAGCUUCAUGGCUUUACUGACCUUGGGAGGUGAGCGUCUCUUUUCACUUGUGGCUUUUAAGUGCCCCUGCAGCUCUGAGAAUACGGUCUAUGGGUUGGUUUUCCUUUUUGCUCCUGCCUGGGUGUUACUGAUCCUAGGAUUCUUUGUGAACAACAAAGCAUGGAAACUCUUCACAGGUUGCUGUGUGAACCCCAGGAAAAUCUUCCCUAGGGGUCACAGCUACCGCUUCUUCUAUGUCCUGGGCCAGAUCACUCUGAGUUCAUUGGUGGCUCCAGUGAUGUGGCUCUCUGUGGCUUUGCUUAAUGGAACUUUUUAUGAAUGUGCCAUGAGUGGGACGAAAAGUUCAAGACUCCUGGGACUGAUUUGCCAGGGCAAGCCCAAGGAGUGCUGGGAAGAACUAUACAAAGUGUCUUGUGACAAAACUAGCAUGCUACCCAUGGAGAAUGAAGAAGUGAAACUGUCCCUUCAAGCCCAGUCUCAGAUUCUAGGAUGGUGCCUGAUUUGUUCAGCAUCUUUCUUCUCUCUGCUCACCACUUGUUAUGCACGCUGCCGAUCUCAAGUUAGCUAUCUGCAGCUGAGUUUUUGGAAGACGUAUACGGAAAAGGAGAAGGAGCAGUUGGAAAAUACAUUUGUGGACUAUGCCACCAAGCUAAGUGAGAGGAACCUGAAAUGCUUUUUUGAAAACAAGAGGCCGAGUGACUUUCCCUUGCCCACCUUUGCUGCUUGGGAAGCUGCUUCAGAGCUGCAUUCUUUCCACCAAAACCAGCAACAUUACAGCACUCUCCACAAGGUGGUGGAUGAUGGUCUGGAACCCUGCCCCCAGGACGAUGAGACCACAAUGGUCCUCGUGGGUACCGAAUAAACUCUGUAGCUCAUCCACCAUCACUGGCUCCAAAUGCCCAGUGGUACGUUCAUUCAGAAAGCUUCCAGCUAUAUACACAACCAUCUUGUGUUUCUGCAUUUUUUCACAGCUACCUUCUUUGCAAGACAAUAACACAAAGAGAAACUGCUUUGAAACUCAGAUGAAGACAGUGUCAGGAUGUGCUCAAAUUGGGGCUAAGGGGUGACACACACUUUUGCAUUGGUGGAGGGUUGGGCUUAUUAGGACCAAACAUAGUUCUAAGAUUUUAUGACUUAGUAGACAGAUUCAUGCAAGAGGAUCUGCCACUCUUUGUAAAUAUUGGUCAUGGUAUCUGGGACUGAAUUGGUGGCUUGUGCCAAAGCAAAGUACUCUUCAGUAUAGACUGCUUUACACAGUGGGGUCUGUGGUGUGGUCAGCAGGAGCCCCUGUUCCGUAAAUCCAUCCCACUGCUGUUCAAGAUGUAUGAGAUUCUACCAUUAGGAAUUCUUUACCUCAGAAUUUAAAGACUUCAGUUCUCAAAAAUGAUUAAUCGAAAGAAUGUGAUAUUGAAAAUUCAGAGUUUUCCGCAAGUUUUUACUGUAUACUGAAAGUAUGCUCUUGGAGCAGGGGCCCUAAGCACUCUCUGCCUUUACAGACCAAUUUCUAUACUCAAAAAUAUUGAUAUUAUGUAUUAGAACACUAAAAGUUGUUUUAUUUCUUUCUGAUUUUAAAAUUAAAAACACUUUCAUGUUGGGCAUGGUGGUGCAUGCCUAUAAUCCCAGUGGUUUGGGAGACUGAGACAGGAGGAUCACGAGUUCAAAGCCAGCCUCACCCAAAGUGAGGCACUAAGCAACUCAAUGAGACCCUGUCUCUAAACAAAAUACAAAAUAGCAUUGGAUAUGAGGCUCAGUGGUCGAGAGCCCCUGAGUUCAAACCCUGGUACCCCCCAAAAGAAAAUAAAAAAACAAACACUUUCAUGUACUUCUACAAGUAUUGUGGGGCCCUGGGCAUGGUGUCUACUAUUCUGUGAGUAUGUCUUAGUUCAUUUGAAAUAUUGUAACAAAAUGCCAUAGACUGGGUGGCUUUUAGAAAAAUGGAAAUUUAUUUCUUUCAGUUCUAGAGGCUGGGAUUUCUGAGAUCAGAGUGCCAGGAUCAUGGUCAGGUUCUGGUGAGGGCCCUGUUCCAGGCUGCAGACUGCUGACUUCUCACUGUGCCCUCACAAGUGGAAAGGGCAAAUGUGCUCCCUCCAGCAGCUUUUAUAAGGGCACAAAUCUCAUGGCUGAAGGCUCUGCUCUCAUGAUCUAGUUGCCUACCAAAGGCCCCACUUCCUAAUGUCAUCACCAUGGGGAUUAGGAUUUUGACAUAUGAAUUUUGGAGUGAUACAAGAAUUCAGACCAUAGCAGGACAAAUUGGCCCUGACUAGAGGUCUGGGGCCACUGUCCAAAGUAGUACUGGUAUAAAAUUGUUUUGCACUUUUACAUUCAUUAGAAACAAUUCAAAUUUAGCCAGUUAUGGUGGCGCACACCUGUAAUGCCAAGAGCUAGGGAGGCUAAGGAAGAAAGAUCACAAGUUCAAAGUCAACCUUAGCAAGUUAGAGAGGCCUUAAGCAACUUAUUGAAACCUUAUCUCAAAAUUUAAAAAAUAAAAGUUUUUUUAAAAGGGCUCGGGAUGUGCCUCAGUGGUAAAGCACCUCUGGGUUCAAUCCCUGGUAUCAGAAAAAAAAAUUCAAAUUUGAAUUUUACUAUAUAAUAUAUAUAGUUAGUAUGUGCAUGUGUAUGUGUAUGUGUGUGUAUGUAAAUUCUCUGAGUGGAAUUGAGCUUAAGGAAGAGGAACCAUAUUUUGCACUGUGACUCAUCCCUUGUGUCACUGGCUGUCUACAUCACUGAGUUUGAGAAGGCUAGAUAUUAGCUCCUUAUUACCAUGAAACAUCCUGACUAACUGAGGGGAGAACCCUGCAAAUGGAAGACCCAGAACAUGUCUAUGAUAUUGUGAUUUAUGAUAAGAAAUGUACAUUUUGUCUUCAGGCCCGUUUCUGGCACAGAGUUUCCAAAACCCUUAUGCUCUCCAGGAUGUGUUUUCUUGUAUAGUAAUGAAAUGACUCUUGGCUCCUGGAGGACCUCAUGCUGGAGUGCAGAGUAGAGGGUGGAUAUUGGCAGAAGAACCAACCAUUAUUAGUGGGUUGAAACUACCCUUAUACCUCUAGGAAGUAAAGAGGUACUGAAAGGAUGAAUUUAUUACCAACAGUCACUAAUUUAAUCAAUCAUGCUUACAUAAUGAAGCCUUCAUAAAUCACCCCUAAAGGACAAAGCUUCUGGGUUGGCUGGCAGACUAGAGGAAGCGUGCCCAAAGAGAUGGAAGCUCCUUACCCCUCCCACCCACACCUUGCUCUGUGCAUCACUUUUAUCUGGCUGUUCCUGAGUUGUAUCCUUUUUGUAAAAAUAGUCACUCUAGCAAGCCAAUGACUAGCAAGCAAAUGAACCUGAGAAAGGGAUUUGUAGCCAUGUCAGACCAAAGCUGUGGGUAGAUUGGGAGGCUACUGCUUGUGAUUGGCAUCUAGAGUUGGGGAGAAUUACUGUGGGAAUGAGCCCUUAACCUGUUGGGGGGGGUCUGAACUUAACUCCGGUUAGUGUCAGAAAUGAACUGAAUUAUAGAAAAGCAGUUGGUGUUGGGAAAUUGGUCAGUGUGGGAGAAAAAAAUAUUUUUUAGUUGUUGAUGAAUUUUUAUUUUUUAUUUAUUUAUAUGUGGUGCUGAGGAUCGAACCCAGUGCCUCACACAUGCUAGGCAAGCGCCCUACCACCGAGCCCCAAAACCCACACUCUUGAUGGUCAGAAUGGAGAAGGAAAAAUAAGUUUUUUUUUUUCUGUAUGCAAUAUGCUUUGGAUUUUGGAGGUGCAGUAGCAAUUUGUAUGUGUGUGUGUGUGUGUGUGUGUGUGUGAGAGAGAGAGAGAGAGAGAGAGAGAGAGAGAGAGAGAGAGAGAGAGAGAGAGAUUAGGGAUGAAAGAUGGCAGAGGUUUUGGAAUGAAGAGAGAUAAAACUCAGCAAAUACAAAUGUUCCUCCAUAUCCCUUCUCGAUUUGGACUUGUCUGCCCUUAAUUGUCUGCUUAGCUGGGAGAAGGCAGGUGGAACUAGUCUAUUUCUCUUGUGGAAGCAACAGUUGUACAGAAGUAGCUUACUUAUAGGACGUUAAAGAUUGAGGAGUCAACUUGGAACAUAUUUCUGUCAUCCUCAACCCAGAGGCUUUCUGAGGUCAGAAAGCUCCUGUUCAUGACAAUGGUUGCCUUGUUCAAGAAUAGCCAAACUGACUAGUAACAAGCCAGCAGCCUGGGGUACUCUUCGCGGCAGCUUAAUAAGUAGCAGAGGAGCUCAUCCUCCUACUGUGGAACAAGUCACCCCACAAUGAGUCAGGUUCUCAUCUUGAUUCCCGGUCCUAAUUCCUUUAGAACAGUAAUUUGCUCAGGGGGGAAAUAAGUCCAAGGAAACUUAUCUGUCCUAUGAACAGCCUUGAAGGGAAUGGGUGGAGACAGAGAGAGCAAUUUGUUAUCUGUUCUUGGGUGUUCAGAGGGAACCAGUAUCCACAGAUGGGGAGAUAAACUGGUUUUGGUAGGGGAGACUUUUUAGAAGUGUAGACAGUUUGUUGUCUUAAGUUGGGUUCUUUAGAAGCAGUGCCUAUCAGAAGAAGCCGUGUGUAAGUGAUUUAUUAAAUCACCUAUUAGCAGGAGAGACACAAGAAAGAAGGUGGUUUCAAGUGAAGCCUCAUGCCAAAUAAUCCCAUAGGGAAUUCUGGGCCACCAGCCUUGGCUUGAUCUCAAAAUGGGCUCAGGAUUUUCAGCUGUGGCUAAGCAUUGUUCCAGGGAAGGCGGUAGCAUUCCCCAGACAAUUCUAGGCAAAGAGCCACCAGUGGCCCAGGGGUGACCCUCCAGAAAGGGGUUCACUUCAGUGACUGAGGGAUAAGCACCAUGCUAUUAAAUACAUGGAGAGUGUACCAGAAGGUUCCCACUGAUGUGUGCUAUGACAGUCUCCUUCAGGCCUAGAACUGAAGCAUAUGAAAGACAUCCUGGACAAGAGCCCUCAAGCUGAGGCUGACUCCAUUUUAAAACUUCUAAUUUCUCUUGAAGCCAAAGAGCAACAAAUGUGGGUGCCUUGCACUCUCUUACUAUUAUUGUUCGAUUACAAAACAGAAAAGAAUUAGAGAGUACUCUGAAAGGAAUAUGUAUAAGAAAGAAAUCAUUGAUAUAUAACACCUACUUUUCCUAAUUUAUUCCAUGAAUAAGUUGUGUACAGGUAUAUAUGAUUCCUUUUUUUUCUGUGAAGUUCCUAUUUUAUUCAGACUUUACUCAUAAACUUAGUAAUUUUAGAUACUAUUAUCAUAAACAUAUCCAAUGGCAAGUGGAAAAAAGGCAUUUGGUAAAGAUUUUUUUAAAAAAUAAGGCUUGACAGACAAAUCAUUACAUAAUUUUAUAUAAUGUACUUAUACCUUUAAGUAACACAUUGCAAAAUACAUAUGUGUCCAAUAUAUAUAUAUAUAUGUUUAAAAUGAAAAUAUACAUAUGGUUUUCUACUCGGGACCUUUGAAGUGUUAUACAUUUAACAUAUAUACCACUGAAAUGUAUAUAUUUAACAUGAAAUUUUACAUACAGUAUCAUAUUUCAAGGCCUGGUGAUCCACUGAUUUCCUAUAAGAACUGGUUAAGACUCCAGAAGUCACUAGGUAGCAUAGAAUUUCUACCUGUUUUCACAUGGCAUAUUUCAGGGAUUUCAACUACUAAUUUGUGUUAUUAGUAGUUGAAAUUAGUAGAUAGGAAUUAGUAGUUUCUAUUGUUAUAACACAUACCUGAGAUAAAUCAAUGUAUAAAAGGAUAAAAUUUAUUUUGGCUUAUAGUUUUAGAAGUUCCUAUCCAUGAAUUGUGCUUUGGGCCUGUGGCAAGGCAGCACAACAUGGGGAAAUAUAUGGCAGAGCAAAAUCACUUACCUCAUGAGCAGGAAACAAAAGAGAGGAAGAAGAAGGGAUGGGGUCCCACCAUCCCCUUCCAGGUCAUGCCUCCAAUAACUUAAAGACCUCCCACUAUGCCCUACCUCUUCCAACCACCAUCUCACCCUAAGUUUCUAGAUAUUUGGAAUAGCUAAGCUCAAUCUAUGCUUCUACCAUAUAAGUGAGGUCAACUUUCCAUUUAUUUAUUUUUAUUUUCUUAGAUAAAAAUUAUAAUUGAUAAAGAAGUAAUUUUGAGUAAUGGAAAGUUCACAAAAAAUUUAGAAUACUAUUAUGGUAGUAGUAAAGAUGGGUUGGUAAGAAGUUGUUACAGCUUAUUUCUUGGUCUCUUUCAGUGCUCAAUAAUCUGGUAAAUUCCAGCCACGAGGAAAGAGUCCAAUUACCUGGAGCCCAUGUCAAUGUGAAGAUGCCUAAGCUAGUCACAUGGAAAAAGAGAGAAAGAAAGACAGAAAGACAUAAAGAGAUCUUAACAGCCCCCAUUGUUCCAGUCAUUCUAGCUUAGGUGUCAGGCAUACAAAUGAAGAGACCAUUGUGGAAAUUCUAACCCCAGCUUAAAUGACAUGGAGAAGAAGCAGGGAGUCUAACCAACAGCUGGAACAAAAGGCUCCAGAUCUAAGGCCCUAGUCAAACCAUUCCAGCAUUCCUCAGACAUUUAAGCUAUCACAGCUGAAGCUGCAGGUUUUGUAGAGCAAUCUCCAUUAUGUUCUCUACAAACCUCUGACCCAGAAAAUCAUGCACUUUAAUAAAUGUGCAUUAUGUUAAGACACCAAAUUUGGGGGCAAUAUGAAGCAACUUAGAUAAACCAGACACAAACAAAUAAAAAUCAGAAUUUAUAAAAAGAAAAUAGAGGCAAAUUAUAUUUAUAAACAGAUUUAUACAAAGAUUUUCUCUAUGCAUAGACUUUUCCUUAAUAUUUUCUUCUCCUUUAGGUUCCAUUUAGCAGUAUUUAGCAGUAUGGCAUGAUUAGUAAAUGCUGAAUAGGUACCUCUCCAAAAUAGCUCCACCAAAGCCUGAGAUGCACUUUUAAUUAUUUCUGGCUAAAUUCUGUUUGAAAGGAACACUGCUGUGGGUUAAAUUCCAUUUAAAGUAAACAUAUCAUUGGGAGGGGUAACCCAUUAAGUUAUUAUUUGUCAUUAAUAUCUGGGACAAAAAUAGGAGUGGAGGAGAUGAGAGGAUAGGUUGGCCUUGAGUAAGCUGGAAACAGUUUGGUCUCUAAGUGUUGUACCUCAGAAUGUUGUCUUCAGACCAUCAGCAUCAGCAGCAUCAACCUGAAUGAUCUUGCUAGAAAUGCAAAAUCCCAGACCUGCUGGAUCAAGUUCAUAGUUUAACAAGAUCUUAGCUGAUGUGUCUGCAAGAGUAGAAGAGUUGUUCUUAAACUUAGCACAUAUCAACAUCAUCUGGAGGACUUAUUAAAAUGCAGAUUGCUGAACUCCACCUCCAAAAUGUCUGAUUCAGUAGAUUUGUAGUGAAGCAAAAGAAUCUGCCUUUUUAGCAAGUUCUCAGGUGAUGCUGCUGCUUUUGGUUCAGUGACCACAUCAUGAGGAUGAUGACUCUAGUGCACAGAGCAGACCAUUCUGGGAAGGGAAGGCUAGAAGAAAUUUAGAAUUUGGGCUCUGCCCCAGGUCUACUGGGGCAGACAUCUUUGUUAUGCUAUAUCAACCUGUCCAAGAAAUUGAGGUGCUUUUUGGUUUGUUCAAGGAUACUUUUUU